GGGAAAAACAAAACAGAGCGGAAAAUCGAACAAAAUCAUUUAAUUGUUGAGCUUCGCUGCAAUGGCUGUUGCGUGGAAGAGACGCGCGUCUUCGAUCAUCUUCGCGUUCGUUCUGAUCGGAAGUUUGUUCGCAUUUUCGAUAGCAGCAGAGGAGGAGGAGGCUCCGAAAGUUGGAACAGUUAUUGGCAUAGACCUUGGUACAACUUAUUCAUGUGUUGGUGUUUACAAAAAUGGUCACGUUGAAAUAAUAGCAAAUGAUCAAGGUAACCGAAUCACCCCCUCGUGGGUUGGUUUCACCGACAGCGAGAGGUUGAUCGGUGAGGCGGCAAAGAAUCAAUUUGCUGUUAAUCCUGAGAGGACUGUGUUUGAUGUCAAGAGAUUAAUUGGAAGAAAGUUUGAGGAUAAAGAAGUCCAAAAGGAUAUGAAGCUUGUUCCAUACAAGAUUGUCAACAGGGAUGGAAAGCCUUACAUACAAGUCAAGAUCAGAGAUGGGGAGACCAAGGUCUUCAGUCCUGAGGAGGUCAGUGCCAUGAUUUUGACCAAGAUGAAGGAGACAGCUGAGGCUUACCUCGGAAAGAAAAUUAAGGAUGCUGUUGUCACCGUCCCUGCGUACUUCAAUGAUGCUCAGAGGCAGGCUACUAAAGAUGCUGGCACAAUCGCUGGGCUGAAUGUUGUGAGAAUCAUUAACGAACCAACAGCAGCAGCGAUUGCGUAUGGUUUGGACAAGAAAGGUGGUGAAAAGAACAUUCUUGUCUUUGACCUUGGUGGUGGAACAUUUGAUGUCAGUAUCUUGACUAUCGAUAACGGUGUUUUCGAGGUUCUUUCCACAAAUGGUGACACUCACUUGGGAGGUGAGGAUUUUGAUCAAAGAAUCAUGGAAUAUUUCAUCAAAUUGAUCAAGAAGAAGCACGGCAAGGACAUCAGCAAGGAUCACAGAGCACUUGGCAAGCUGAGAAGAGAAGCCGAGCGUGCCAAGAGAUCCUUGAGCAGUCAGCAUCAGGUCCGAGUAGAGAUCGAGUCUCUAUUCGACGGCGUAGAUUUAUCCGAACCCCUCACAAGAGCCCGUUUCGAAGAAAUGAACAAUGACCUGUUCAGAAAAACAAUGGGCCCCGUCAAGAAAGCCAUGGAAGAUGCCGGUUUGGAAAAACGACAAAUUGAUGAAAUUGUCCUUGUUGGAGGAAGCACCAGAAUCCCAAAGAUUCAACAGCUCCUCAAGGAUUUCUUCGAUGGUAAGGAACCCAACAAAGGUGUUAACCCAGACGAGGCAGUUGCUUAUGGUGCUGCGGUUCAAGGAGGAAUCAUCAGUGGAGAGGGAGGUGAUGAAACGAAAGAUCUUCUUCUCUUGGAUGUGGCUCCAUUGACACUCGGCAUCGAAACUGUUGGAGGAGUGAUGACCAAAUUGAUCCCAAGAAACACUGUUAUCCCAACCUCAAAAUCCCAAGUUUUCACCACUUACCAAGACCAACAAACCACCGUGACAAUUCAGGUUUUCGAGGGUGAAAGAAGUCUUACAAAGGACUGUAGAUUACUUGGUAAAUUCGAUCUCACAGGAAUCGCCCCAGCCCCAAGAGGAAUCCCGCAAAUUGAAGUGACAUUCGAAGUAGACGCAAACGGUAUUCUAAACGUGAAAGCUGAGGACAAGGCCUCCGGAAAAUCCGAGAAAAUCACAAUCACAAACGAGAAAGGGCGUCUGAGCCAGGAGGAAAUCGAGCGGAUGGUUAAAGAAGCGGAAGAGUUUGCGGAAGAAGACAAGAAGGUGAAGGAGAGAAUCGAUGCAAGGAACAGCCUCGAGACAUACGUGUACAACAUGAGGAACCAGAUAAACGACAAGGACAAGCUUGCGGAUAAAUUGGAGACUGACGAGAAGGAGAAGAUUGAAACGGCAACAAAGGAGGCGUUGGAGUGGUUGGAUGAGAAUCAGUCAGCUGAAAAAGAGGAUUACGAGGAGAAGCUGAAGGAGGUGGAAGCUGUUUGUAAUCCGAUUAUUACAGCCGUUUACCAGAGGUCCGGUGGUGCCCCUGAAGGUAAGACGGACGAGGAUGAGGAUGACCAUGAUGAACUGUAAGCGUUGCGUUUUUCGAACGAGAGAUAUUUAGCGAGCGAUAGGCUAUAGACAGACACAGCUUGUUUUUUUUAUUUUUUGGUAGGAUUUAUAGUGUGUUGAGUUUAUGUAUUCCCAUGCUUGGUGAAUUUGUAUUUCAAUUCCCAUGUGCAAGAGAUGUGGGAUUUUUACCAUUCUUC